AUGUCUGUUGAGUGUGAUAAUUUCUUAAAAUUCUUAACAAAUUCGCUUUCCUUUCAGGCAACAACAUUGCUGCUCUUCCUGAUCGCCAUAAGCACAGCAGUUGCAGCCGAAGGACAACAGGGACACUCGAAUGGCUACAAUUAUCCCAAACCAACCCCGCCACCAGCGUUCAACGGCUACGAUUAUCCAAAACCUUCGAAACCUUUUCACGAAGGAUACACCUACAACACUCCCAAGUGUCCGCUAGUGCUUCCCAGCACCAGUACCGUUACCGACUAUAAGACCAUCGUAUCUUCCACGUUCCUGACGCAGACCCAAACACUUCCACCCAUUACAAGCACCUCGUUCACGACGUCCUUCGUCACACUUCCUCCUGAAGUGGUAACUCAAACGGACACAUCCACCCUCUACAUUACCUUUACCUCGACGGAAGUUAGCGUGUCCACAACGAUCGAAAUUCAACCGACCACAGUAACCUCCCUGCUCACUACGACGUACUGUCAGCCAAACACUUACCUUCCACCACCGACUCCACCACCAAACACGUAUCUGCCAGUGAAUCCACCUUCCAAGGAGUAUCUACCACAGCGUCCUCCAGUGCCUCAAACAAACGUGGCCAGUACCUCCAACGUAGUGCGACAGUCGGAAUCAUCCGGCAAUCAGGGUGGGUUUAUUUCCACCUUCGUCCAGCAGCAGUCUGGACCGAUCAAGCGAGCUACCGCUGGGAGCCCAUCGCGUCUCGAACCAUUGUCCAGUGAGCGUAUCGAAGCGAAUGAAGUAAUUCCCGGGGAGGACUCAUCCCAGCCGGCCAUUAACAUCAUCUAUAUCGAUCGUCAUGGUGUGUCGGAGGGUAAGCCACCGGCUGGUCUGAUGAACUGGUUGCUCUGCAAGUUUAAUCUUUCGAAUGGGUCGUGCUCGGACAACUGA